AUGAACUCGCGUCCUUUGUUGCCGCUGACGGAUGACCCGAAUGAUCUGGCGGCGCUUACUCCUGCGCACUUCCUUAUUGGCACGUCGAUGCAUGCGGUGCCUGUUCCCGACUACACCCGCUUGAAGGCCUACACGUUAGACGAAUUGCAGAGCUGGCAAUUGCUUGUUCAACGCUUCUGGAAGCAUUGGGCAACAGAAUAUCUGCAGGAGAUGCAGAAGGAUAACAAGGUGGUGAAUCGUAGUGAGAUAGUACCUGGCAGACUGGUCAUCCUAGUGGACGAUUCGCUUCCCAUCACCCGAUGGCCCCUCGCACGCAUUGUCGAAAUACAUCCCGGAGAGGAUCAGCUUACGCGUGUAGUGAAGCUGAAAACGGCGAAAGUUACACACGAAAUUCCGUCGAUACCAUACACGAACCUAGUUUGGCCUAUUCCACCACAAUUACAGCUCGCCGAUCCACAUUAUAAUAUCCCGGGUCGUAUAGACAUGAUCAUCGGUGCGGGUAUCUUCUACAAGUUAUUAAAGGGCGGACGAUUCAAUAUUCCCAAUUCAAACAUAUCCUUAGUAGAAACCGUCUUCGGCUGGAUCGUAACUGGGUUGGCAACUAAAAACGAUUCUUCGGAUAGCCCGAAUGUGACAUGCAAUAUGACAACAGUUGCAGACAUCCAACAACAGCUACAAAAGUUUUGGCAAAUAGAGGAAGUAGAAGACAGAACCAUACUCACGUCGGACGAAAAAAGAUGUGAGCAGUAUUAUAAUAAAACAACCGUCCGUGAUAACCUUGGGCGAUACAUGGUGAAGUUGCCGAAGCAUCCGGAUUGGGAGCAGAUGAUUGGGCACUCAAAAUUAACAGCGUUGCGACGAUUUGCGUCAUUAGAACGAAAGCUUGAAGCUAAUGAACAGCUCAGAGUUCAGUAUAACACCUUUAUGGAGGAAUAUAUUUCGCUUGGUCACAUGAGUUUGGCUACGAACGACAGUGAUUCGUCUACAAAUUACUUUCUUCCACAUCAUCCAGUCAUAAAGGAGGCUUCCACCACCACAAAGCUUCGAGUAGUUUUCGACGGUUCAGCGGUUACUACUACUGGAAAAUCACUCAACGAUGCAUUAUUAGUUGGUCCAGUAGUGCAGGACGAUUUACUGAAUCUCGUGAUACGCUUUCGCAAAUUCCCUGUCGUUCUAAUAGCUGACAUAGAAAAGAUGUAUCGUCAGGUGUUAGUACAUCCUGAUGACAGAUCAUUGCAGCAAAUCUUAUGGCGCUUCAGUAAAGAUGAGCCCAUUCAAAGCUAUAAGUUGAAUACUGUUACCUACGGCUUAGCACCCUCCUCCUAUCUCGCAACAAGAACGCUACUGAAACUAGCAGAAGAUGAAGGUGAAGCAUUCCCGUUAGCCGCGCAUGCCAUCAAGAAUCAACUUUACGUUGACGAUCUUAUCGCGGGUGCUGAUGACGUUGCUGGUGCUAUCCAGCUGAGAGAUGAACUAAACGCGCUUCUUGAGAAAGGAGGAUUUAAGUUCAGAAAAUGGUGUUCUAAUUUGCUUCCUGUGUUGGAUGGUCUUUCUCCGGAAUUGCUGGGCACAAAAUCUUCGAAGUGUUUCGAUAUCGCUGAAACUAUCAAUACGCUCGGUAUCCGUUGGGAGCCACAGGCUGACAGGUUUGGUUUCAGCGUUCCCGAUAAUAUCAAGGCUGAACCCUACACUAAGCGCAACAUUCUAUCUGCAAUAGCCAAACUCUACGAUCCUUUGGGAUUAAUAGCUCCGGUAAUAGUACAGGCAAAGAUACUGAUGCAAAGUCUUUGGGUGAUGCAUCCGAGGCUGCGUACGGGGCCUGUCUUUACGUCAGAACCGAAGACAGCAACGGCAAUGUUUCAGUAA